AUGGCAAAUAAAGUGCCUGAUUUCACUCCUGCUUGGUUAUCUUUCCCGUCGAGUAACGAUGGCAAUACCAAUGCUAGCAACAAAAAUGUGUGGUCGCGUGGUAAUUCACCUUUAUCGGCUGCAUUAGUUACGUCUUCCGCAGGAAAACAAAACAAUGGAAUUAAACCUUUGGAUUUCGGAAAAGCCAAUGACACCGGUACUAGCAAUCAUUUAUCUAAGAAACCUGUUAGAAAUUCCAACGACAAUGAAGACGAUAAUAACUUCGUUAGUAGUAAAUUUUAUACUAGCUAUAAAGGUUCUGCAAACGGGAAGAGAGAGUCAAUUGGUGCUUCGUAUAAAGACGUAGCAGCGUCUACUGUGGUUGUUUCUGGAAAGAGUGUUCGUCGAAGUCGAAUUAUAAAGUCGGAAGCAUCAUCGAGCAAACAUACCGAAAAGAACUUUAAGUUUAAUAAUAAUAAGAAUAUGGAACCAAAACUUCAAAAUGUGCAAAAACCUCGACCAGCGCUAAAUAAAAGCGAUUUUUUCGAAGCAGUUCGCUCCGAAAAUAGUAAUAUGCCUAGAAAUAAACAAUCACUGGGUAGGAAAGUAGAUAGCGGAAAUGAAAAUUACCUUAGUCAGAAAAUUGAAGUAAAUAAUCAUAAACGGCAAGAUGCAUCUUUAGACGGCUUAGCUAAUGAAAGCGAUCGCGCAUUACACCCCUGUCGAGAAAUAUCGAUAUCACUUGAAGGGGAACAAAGGCUGUUACGAGCGAUGGGUUGGCAUGAUGAAUCAGACGAUGAUUCAUUCACUCCUAUAACUGAGGACGAAAAAAAGGAAUUUCUAUCUCGGCAAAUGCAAUACCAGCUAUCAGGCCUGAGUAACUUGUCUCUGACUAAGACAACCAAAAAUCUAAGGCAGACGACUAGAUCAAAUGCAGUUUCCUGCUCCAGUGACUCGUCAAUAACCUCUUCGGAGUCUUCUGAUAAUGAAGACUUUUAA